AUGGCUCAUGAGGAUACGCUUCCGUAUGAUUUGAUUGAAGAGACGCUCUCUCGUGUCCCUCCUAAAUCUCUUGUUCGCUUCAGAGCAGUUUCUAAGCAAUGGAACACACUCAUCGACGAUAAGACAUUCAUCAACAACCACAAGACGACCUUUAGAUUCAUCUUAGCAACCAAAUCCAAGUUCUACUCGGUAAGCAUCACUCCAAAGAUACAAGUGCGUGAGCUAACUUUAGAUAUUCCCGGUUUCGAAUCAUAUAUACCUAAAACUUUUUUCGAGUGCAAUGGGUUCUUGGGAUGUGGCAUGGAUUAUAAAGGAGUUGUGCUUUUGAACCCGUGGUUAAGACAGACUAGAUGGAUCGAGCUUGUAAAGGCUAACCAACGUGUGACUUGUAAUGGCAUAGGUUAUGAGUAUGGUAACGGGAGUCUUUUGGAGAAUGGUUACAAGACACUUUUGUGUUGUUACAAGGAUCCAGAACUUACCAAUAAGGUUUGGCAAAUCCAUGACUUUGCCUCCAAUGAGGUGAAAGACUCAAUGUUGAAAGCUGUUGGUAGUAGUGAGGCAGAAAAAAGUGUUUAUUUGCAAUCCACAAGUGUAUCGCUGAAUGGAACGUUGUAUUGGGUUGCUUCUUAUCAAAUGAAUGAUUCCUCAAUGUUCCUACUUUCCUUCAAUUUUUCAGUGGAAAAAUUCGACAAGCUCUCUGAUCUACCAGUUCCAUAUAGGGACAACCGCGAUAUUCUUGUUCUUAGUCUUUAUAAGGGGGAUCGGUUUUCGCUGUUAAAGCAAUGCCAUUUAACAAAGAAGAUUGAGAUUUGGGUGACCAAGAAUGUGGUUACUAGAAACUGGCGCGGUGGGGAUGGUGAAUGGAUGAAUUUUAUGGAAGUGUCAACUCCUAACUUGCCGGAUUUACUAAGGCCAAGCUACUUCAUCGACGGUAAAAAGCUCGUUGUGUGUUCUUGCGAUGGAACUGGUCAAGCUUGGAUCUAUGUUAUGGGGGACAAGAAGUUGAUCACUAAAACUCAAAUAGAUCCUAUGGUUGAUCUAUGGCCUUUGCAUUGUGCUUAUUUCCCAAGUUUGGUCUCAGUUCCUCGAGGUCAAAGAGAAGAAGCAGGCGCAUUACAAGUUUGA